GUUGAUUUCUUCGUGAGUUAUGGCGAUUAUUUAGCAAAGUGAGCGUCGAAUUUUGUAAUUUAAAUUUUUAUUUCAAUUUUAACAGCAACACUUUCAUUCCAAAGUUGGCUUAGCGAAUGAGACGUUUUGUUAGAAGUUACUUUCGGCUACUUGAAGCAUCUUCCACUCAGCCAAUGGGCGAGUUCAAUAGAAAAAGUGGCUAAUUUAUAUUAUUACAAUGGCCAAUGAUCUGAGUGCGGAAACACUUGCUGUUGUGCAAAAGUAUAAGAAAUUGUCUGCAAAUCCACAGAAUCAUGAAAGUUUAUGCCAGGAUAAAACUUGUCUUCAAUUUUUAGUUUAUGUAUUGCAUGAUGAAAGUGAAAUAGUUGUAUCUGAAGCACUAGAAACUUUGAUUACUUUGUGUGAAAAAUUUGAGAACAGAAAAAAGUUAAUUCAAAUUUGUGGAGUUUCACAAUCUCUUAAUUAUCUUGAAAAGAAAAUUGAUAUAUCUGAUAAUUUGAAGAAAUUAAUCAAAAAGUUGCAUCAGUUGAUUAUUGCAGAACAAAGCUCUUUGGAUGGGAAAAAGUUUACAAAUAGAGAAAGUAAACAUUCAAUUAAAGAAAUAACAAACAACUUCAAUGUUUUGCAAGAAACAAAAUCAAAAAAAAUAGCUCCAAGAUCAUUUUUCUUGGAUGGUAUAAACUCUAAGGCAAAGACACUUACUUUCCAAAUUGAAGGCUUAUUAACCCAGGAUUAUUAUAAGAAAUGUGAAGAACAUUUAGUUAAAGUGAAAGGAGUAAUUAGUCUCACUUUUAAUCGUGCAAAACAGAGAUGUAUUCUUAGAACAAAAAUUGACUUAAAACCAGAGGUUAUAGUACAGGCAAUUUUCAAGACACCUGUAGAAAAUAUAUAUCAAGUUGUAAAAAAUGAAAAUGGAGAUGAAAGUUUUAUAUUAUUUGGAAAUGCAGAAAAAGAAAAUCAAGUAGAACUACCAGAUUAUUUGCCAAAAGAGGACAGUCCUGUGAAAGAUGCAUCUAUUGCAAAAAACCAAAAGAAAGAAAGGGAAGAAUCAUCUUGGCUGGGUUCUGCAUGUGACUUUUUAAUUUGUUCCUUUUAUUGGUAAAGACAGAAAUUUCCAAUACAUUUAGUCACAUAAAUAUUUUAAUUGAUUGACACACAAAACAGUUUUUUCCAAUAACCAAAAAGUGAUAGUAAAACAAAAAAUGUAAAUAAAUGUUUUGUUUCAUGAACAAAAAAUAAAUGUACU